AUGGAGGACAUUUCUCUGGACAAAAAACAGCUGUAAAAAUUUUUCAGUAUGGUUUUUAUUGGCCUACAAUCAUUAGAGAUUCUAUAGAAUUUAGUAGAACAUGUAUUUCAUGCCAAUCUAUAGGUAACAUGAGUAAAAAAGAUGAAAUGCCCAUGAGUAACAUGUUAGUAGUCGAAAUUUUUGAUGUAUGGGGAAUAGAUUUCAUGGGUCCCUUCCCAUCAGCUGAAAAAUAUGAAUAUAUUUUGCUUGCUGUUGAUUAUGUGUCGAAGUGGUGAAAGCUAUUCCUACUAAAACUAAUGAUCAUAAAAUCAUGAUGAAAUUUAUGCAGGAAUUUUUUUUUUCGAGAUUUGGAUGUCCUAAAGUGGGAGGAACACAUUUUACAAAUAAACAUUUCAGGGAACUGUUGAAAAAGAAUGGAGUAGAUCAUAGAGUAGCCACUCUAUAUCGUCCCCAAACAAAUGGGUAAGCUGAAGUAGCAAAUAGGGAAAUUUAGAGAAUUUUGAGAAAUAUAGUUGAACUAGAUAGGAAAGAUUGACCCAUGAAAUUACAAGAUGCAUUAUGGGCUUAUAGAACAACUUAUAAAAAUCCCAUAGGUAUGUCCCCAUUUCGUCUUAUUUUUGGAAAGCCAUGUCAUCUUCCUAUGGAAAUAGAGCAUAAAGUAUUAUGGGUUAAAAAAAUAUUAUGUAUGGAUGAAAAAUCAGUUGGUGGGCAUAGAAUUUUUCAGCUACAUGAACUAGAGGAGUUGAGGAAUGAAGCUUAUGAAAAUCAUAGAAUAUAUAAAGAAAAAACUAAAACUUUUCAUGAUAAAUAUAUUAGCAGAAAAAAAUUUGAUGUUGGACAAAAAGUGUGGUUAUAUGAUUCUAGGCUGAAAUUAUUCUGAGGAAAAUUAAAAUAAAAAUGUAAAGGGUCUUAUGUGGUGGAAGAGACAUAUGACCAUGGGGCUAUAAUGAUGAAAGAUCCUCAAAGUGAUCAUAACUUUAAGGUAAAUGGACAACAACUUAAACAUUAAAUAGAACAUGAACGCCUUACAGAAAAAAAUAAAUUAUUAUUAAAAGAAAUUCAAGAGUAAGAUCAAGGAGUCCAGCUAGAGACAUUAAAUUCGGCGCUGCAUGGGAGGCAACCCAUGUUUUUUAUUUCAUUCUGUUUGAUUUUUUUAUUUUUUUAAGCUCUAUUUUUCUUAAAAUUUCGUAGUACUUAUUUCUAUAUUUAUUUCUUUUUUGAAAAAGUGCAGGAGGAGGAGUGUGAGAUGAAGUGGAAAAUUAAAAACAAGGUUGAGGUGAUGUCUUUCUGAGCUUUAUUAUUUAUGAAAAUAUUUUUAAUACUUAACUUUGCACAUAUGCAUGCUUCACAUGAAAAUUAUAUUUUCUGGAUAUUCUGUUUCGAUUUUUCUAUGUCAUUGAGGACAAUGUUAUUUUUAAGUUGGGGGUGAAGUACUCAUUAUUUAUUUAUGCUGUAAGAUGAUUAAGAACAUGUGUUUGCAUUUUAUUCAACUUAGAACAGCAACUAAAAAAUAAAAAUAAAAUAAAAUUCAGUAAAACUACAACAUCUAUUUUCUGAUUUUCUGUCAGGAACAACAGACUGUCAAAAAUAGCAGACGAAAAAACAACCCAAAAUUUGAAAUUCUAGAGACCCUUUUCUCACAUUUCAAUCCCCUAGACAUAUAUUACUAAAAUUCGAAAUUACAGUUAUCAAGAGGAUAGUUUUGAUUUAUUUUUGACAAAUUUAUUACUACUAAAAAUAGAACUAAAAAUAGAAAAUAGAUCUGUCAGAACUAUUUAAUUUACAAAUCUCUUACAUCAUAUUGCAUGUAUGAAAUAUUAAAUCAAUUAGAUUGAUUGAUACCAAAAGAUACUAGAAAGAUUAUUUAUUGAGUCAAAAGAAUGAUCUAGUAGCAUGAAAUGUUGGAAUACUCCUUGGAUCUAUGAUAGAUAACACGAAUUUGAUUUUAUAAAUUUUCACUUCAUGAUCUUGAUGGAUAGUAUUUACUUAAUGUGAAAAUUUGAUUGAUCAUUUGAGUUUAAUGGAGAUUUUUGCACCUUGAUCUAUAGGACUUGCGAAGAGAAAUCACUUAUUUCAAAAAAAAGAAAAGAAAAAGUAAUGUGAAAAAUCUAGAAAUGAAGAGUACACAUGGAGAGUGUGAGACAUCAUUCUCAUUGUCAAAAAUCAUGCAUAGAAAAACACUUGCUAAAAAAUAAGUGGAUAAAGUGAAAGCCCUGAAAAUGAAGAGUACACAUGGAGGGUGUGAGACAUCAUUCUUAUUGUUGAAAUUUGUCUAUAGGAAAAGCUACUUAUCCACUAUAUAUAAAAAAAAAGAAAGAAAAAAGAAUGAAGAAAUAUAGUGCAAACUUCAAAAAUUAGGCCAUAGAAAAAGAGAAAUGUAGGAUCAGUAUUAUUCUUGGAUGAGUAUUAAUAAUUGAAACAUCUUGUAAAUACAUCUAUGGGUGAAGAAGUGAUAAAGAUGUGAAUAGAAGAAGUGAAGUCUAGAUUGUUAUUCCAAGGAGUGUUUAAACAUUUAAGUGCUUGACAUCAUUCUUAAAUACUUGAUAUAAGAAUCCAAAGUGUUUAAAGAUACAUCAUUUCUAAUUAUAUUUUUUUUUCUAAAUUGAAAUAUGAUGUUUGAGAUUUGUAAAAUUUUAUUUUCGUAAUUCCAUUGCUAAGGGACUAGUAAUGAUUUAAGUUGGGGGGUGUGAUAAGUCUUCAUUAUCAUUAGUUAAUAAUUAGUAAAUAAUAUAGUUUUCACCUUAACUCAUGAUAAAUAGACUUAUAUUUGAGUUAAAGUGCGAAAAGUAGUUUUCAGUUGAUUAACGUGAAUUUUUAGGUAAUUAUUUAAUUUAAUAUAAUUUUUAUAAUCUUACUUUUGAGAUAAAUAAAGAACAAGAAAUAAAAAUAAAAAUAUUACAAAAUGGAGGGAUCCGCCGGCUAGCCAAGCCUACAAGUGGGUUGGAAGCUUAGUCAGGGAGUAGUCACGAGCAGGCACUCAAGCGGCUUAGACCAAUAUGGGCACCUAUGCACCACUCCCUUUCCACAUCACUGGUGGCCAGCCGGCUGUGGGGCAAGGAUUGGUCAUACACGUGAGAGAAGGGACUUUGCUUAGAAAUCUAACAUUACUAUAUAUUCAUUCGAAAAAUCGGUACACAAUUGAUGUGGGACUAAACCUGUGGUACACCUUCCUCAGAAGAGGGGGGCGACUGGCACGGGUUCGAGUCCUUCUAGAGUCAAAAGUCAUAUAUUUUUAUCUGAUUAUCAUGACUUUCCUACAAAUCGCUGGUGAAGGAUUAAGCAACAGGAGUCAUUGGAUCAUCGAUGAAAAUUUUGUCAACGCGAUUCGCAGAGCAUUGCUACAAAAAUUGCUGAAGGAUUUGCGAUAAAAGGAUCACGAAUCCAUCGAGUAAAUCAUCUCUGAUUGAUCGACAAACAAGUCAUUGUUGGGAAGAGGAUGAUCCGCCAAAAGACGAGUCGCCACCUCCUGAGAGCAUACCGGAUGCACGUGGACCUGAGGAUGAAGCUCCUUAACACACACCCCACCUCCAUCUAGCUUCUCUCCAGUGGGUGACAACCACUGGAGAGCUGCAAAGCUGCCAUUUUCCUACUCCGUCAAGUGAUAGUCAUCGGAGACGAUUCGAUGACCCACUUCAUUGAUCUCUAGACUUCGCAAGGAGAUCUAGGGAUUACCUAUGUCGUUUUUAUCUAAGGAGAACCUUUGAGGCUGUGGACACUACACGACGAUCUUCCCGAACGCCCAGGAUUUUUGUGCAUCGCUGACGCAUUGCCGUUGCAAUGCCGAAACUCUGUUUUUCUGCUUUCAACUUACUUUACGCUUCAUUUAGUGAUAGUUUUUGUGAUUUUAAUUUACCAAAAUAUACUUUGUUCUAUUACGAUUCUUCUAGCUUUUACAUAUCUUAAUUUGAUCAAUUAAAUCGUCUGUAAUUACUUAUGUAAGAAUUGUUGGGUAAAACUCUGUUUCCACCCGAUUCGUGUUUGCUAGGCACUGACGUCAUCCUAGCGUCUGCACCCUUAUUUCACUUUUUCGUGAAUUUUAAAUAUAUUUCCUUUUCAUUUCCUAGUAUAAAAUUCAUAGAAAAUCAUAUUCAUUGAGAAAUUUUUUGAAUAAUUACCAGAUAUUAUAUUACAUCCUUGUGAUUGACUUGGAAAAUUACCAUUAUUUUUGGAAGUUUUAUUGAAUUAGAAUUAAUAUAUUUAUUCAGAAAUACUUCUAAAUAUCCAAAAAUUCUUUUUUUCUAGUUUUAUAAAUUUUAGAUUUACAUGAUUUAAUAUACAACGACUAAGUCACAUCACCCGCUUGCCAACCGGGCCCGUAGCUAGGUUGGAAGUGUAGUCGAGGAAGAGCCACGAGUAGGGACUUGAGCAACUAGGACCGAUAGGGGCACAUGUGCACCACUCCCCUUCCAUGUCACUAGUGGCCAGUUAGUUGUGGGGCAAGGAGUAGGCGUACAUGCACAAAAAAGAGACUUGAUUGUAAAUAUAAUAUUAUUAUAUAUUUGCUAGAAACUUUAGUGCACAAGUGAUGUGAGUCUAAACUCACCUCACACCCUCCUUAGAAAGGGCAGGCAGUCAACGCGGGUUUGAAUCCUCCUAGAGCCAAAACUCAUAUUUUUAUUUGAUUAUCGCGACAUUCCUACAAAUCAUCAAUGAAGGAUUAAGCAACCAGAAUCGCUACAUCAUCGACAAAAAUCUUGUCAGCAUGAUUCGUGGAGUAUUGUUACUAAAAUUGUUAAACAAUUCGCAAUAAAAGGAUCGUGAAUCCAUCGAGUAAAGCAUCUCUAAUUGAUCGACGAACAAGUCAUUGUCAGGAAGAAGAUAAUCCAUCAGGAGAUGAGUUGCAACCUCUUGAGAGUGUACCAAAUGUGAUGAAGAGCCUCCUCUUGCUGCGCAAACUUGAGAAUGAAGCUCCUUAACACACACCCCAUCUCCAUCUAGCUUCUCUCCAUCAGGUGAUAGGCCCUAGAGAGCCGCAAAGUCGUCAUUUUUCUGCUCCACCAGGUGACAGUCACUGGAGACAAUUUGACAACCCAUUUUAUUGAUCUCUAGACUUCACAAGGAGAUCUAGAGAUUGCCCACAUCAUCUUUGUCCAAUGAGAGCUUUGAAGCCAUGGACAUUACAUGAUAAUCCUCCCGAACACUUAGGAUUUUGGUGCAUCACUGACGCAUCACGGCCGCGAAGCCAGAACUCUAUUUUCCUACUUUCAACUUAUUUUUUACUUCAUUUAGUGAUAAUUUGUUUGAUUUUAAAUUUAUCAAGAUAUACUUCAUUCCAUUACGAUUCUUCCGGCUUUUGCAGAUCUUAAUUUAAUCAAUUAAAUCAUCCGUAAUCACUUACGUAAGAAUCACUGGGUGGAACUCUAUUUUUGCCCGAUUUGCACUCGCUAGGUACUGACGUCAUCUUGAUGUUUGCACUCUUAUUUCCCUUUUUUGUAAAUUUUCAAUAUAUUUCUUUUUCAUUUCCUAGUAUAAAAUUUAUAGAAAAUAGCAUUCUUUGAGAAAAAUUAUAAAUAAUUAUCAGAUAUUAUGUUACAUCCUUGUGGCCAACUUGGAAAAUUAUCGUUAUUUUUGAAAGUUUUAUUGAAUUAUAAUUGAUAUAUUUAUUUAGAAAUACUUCUAAAUAUUUAAAAAUUCAUAUUUUCUAGUUUUAUAAAUUUUAAAUUUAUGUGAUUUAAUAUACAAUGACUAGGUCAUGUUAGUGAUCAAGCCAUAUAAUUAUCAAAUUAGCUCUUACUCAAUGUAGAACUUUUUUAUCUAAAUUGAUAUCUCUAAUUCUUUCACUCAACUUUUCUUAAUAUCUUCUUUUAUCUGCAUAAUCUUCCCCUACUCCAUUUUAUCUUCCAUACAUAUUUGUUCAAUUUGUGAGGAGUGAAAUAUUUCAAGCUUAGAAAUAAUUCUAAUGGGCUGUGCGUUUUGAAGGAUGGAAGGAUUAUCUUCAUUAAUCUUAGAUCUAAUGAAUUUAGUAAAAUUCAAAAUUUCUCCUCCAAAAUUAUUUCUAUAUUCAUAUUCAUUAUUUUUGUUUCUCCCCAUUAGUUGAAUCAACUCUUUUUCUAGCUUUUUUUUUCUCAACUCAUCAAAUUCUUCAUCUUCCCAAGAGCUAUCUUUUAAUUUUUAUAUAUGAUAUACAUCAUCAUCCUCACUAUCCACAUCCAUGGCUACAAAAUUAUGAUUAGAUUUAUUAAUUUCGUCUUCUACAUCUCUCAAAUCAACUGAUUUUUCCUCACUUAAAAUAUAUUUUUCUUUAUUUCUGUCCUUACUCCCUUCUACUACAAUUUAGAUAAUUUUUCCAUGAUCAGCUACUAUUUCUUCAUCUAAAGGCUCUUUCUCCUCAUCAUCUUCACUAUAUUCAUUCAUCAAUUGUGAGCAAUAAAUGAUUUUAUUCAAAUUUUAUACUAUUAUAUUUUCACUCUUAAUAUUCUCAUUUACUUUUAAUGGCUUAUCGAUUUCUUCUAAUAAUUAGAAAUAAGAAUCAAGUAAAAUAUUCUCACUCAAUGUAUUCACUUUCCUAACAUUUUCAUUUCGUAGGUUUUUUCUUAAAUUUAUCUAGCUAGACUCUUCUUAUUGAAAUCCUACUAUUGGAUAAUUUUUUGAAUUUUUUAUAGGCUGAUUGGGUGGCUGUCCCUCUUCUCUCUUAUUCUUAAAAGCCUCUAAAAUUUGUUUCUGGUGCAACAUCAUUUGAUUUAUAAUUUUUUGCAUCAGUUGACUCAUUUGCUGCAUCAUUUCCAAAGCAUCAGGUUGGAUUUGAGAGGGUUGAUUUUUCUGAAAUCUAUAUUUCUAUUUUGGAUGAAAUUCAAAAUUUGAAUUGGAUAUAAGUGCUUCUGGAUUUUAAAUAUUAUUUGAGUUUCUCCACAAAAAGUUAUUCCCCCAAUUAAGAUUAUAAGAAUUAAAAAAUUCUCUAUUUUUACUAAAAUCAUGGGUUACUUGCACUUACUCUUACCUAGGAUGAAAUGAUUGAUCUAAAUUAUAACAUUGAAAUUCGAAAUGAUCAUUUUCACAGUACAUAGGACAUGUACUAUAUGCAUUCAAUUGAAGGUUAGGAGACUUUGUAAUAUUCUCAAUAAGUAAAUCAAGUUUUUCUAAUCUUUGAUUAAUCUAAUUAAUCUUAUUUCUUACAUUAGAAUCAUCAUCAUGAUGCAAUUCAUAAAUUUCUCUCUUUUUAUCCUUGUCAUAUAAUUCAAAAGAGGCUUGAUCUCUAGAAUUUUCACUUAAAUUCUCAUAAAGACUAUAAAUCUCAUCAGAGAUUUUCUCCAUAAAAGCUCUUCCAUAUAUAGAAUCAACCAUGUUUCUAUGUUGUUCUAAUAAUUCAGCAUAAAAAAUUCUAUUGAGUUGUCACUUGGGUGUAGCAUAAUGAAGACACUUUCUAAGUAAAUCUUUAAAUUUUUCUCAUCUCUCAUAUAAAGUUUCUCCUGAUCUUUGAGAAAAACUCUAUAUAUGUUUUCUCAUAUUUUAAGUUGUUAUUAAGAGAUAAAAUUUUCGAAGAAAAGCUUAUUCUAUGUCUUUCUAGCUAGUUAAUUCUCUAUCUAAUGUAGAUAGCUAAUGACUAGCUUUGUCCUUAAGUGUAUGAGGAAAUAAUUUUAUCUUAAUAAUUUAUAAUGUAACUUGAGGGAGAUUAAUUAAAUCAUAGACCACAUGAAAUUUUUCUAAAUACUAAUGAGGUUCUUCUAAAAGCAAUCCAUGAAAACAAGGAGUAUUUGAAAAAUUCUUUGAUUUAUUUCAAAUUUAUUAGAGGGUGCUAAUGUGACUCUAAUAUUAGAUGCUCUUUGAAAUGAAUUAGGGAUAUAAUGAUUUUUCAUGGCCAUAGGAUUGUUCUCAAUUUGACCUAUACUUCCUUCAGGAUCUAUCAAAAUUAAUUUUUCUUUUGAAUUUUUAGUUUUGAAUGAAAUAAUGAAAGGAUUUUCUAGCCUUGGAUGUAAGGAUCUCCUACCAUCCAUAAAAAUCAAUAAAUUUGAGGAAAAAAGUUUAAUAAUUAUUACCCUCCUUCAGUAUGUUCCAAUCCUUGCCUUGUUUUUCUUUGUUCCCACUUUUCCUUUUGGCAAGAAGAAAAUAAAAUAAGAGUUAAUUUUUUUUGUGUGUACUCUAAGAGAAAAGUAGAAAAAUACUAAAUAUUAUGCAAUACAUCCUCAGCAACAACAUCAAAAUUUGACGUGACUUAGUCGUUGUAUAGUAAAUCACGUAAAUUUAAAAUUUAUAAAGGUAGAAACUACUAAUUUUCAGAUAUUUAGAAAUAUUUAUGAACAAAUAUAUCAAUUAUAUUUUAAUAAAACUUUCAAAAAUAGUGAUAAUUUUUCAGUCGAUCAUAGGGAUGUAAUAUAAUAUUGUGUAAUUAUUCAAAAUUUUCUUUAAAGAAUAUGAUUUUUUAUGAAUAUUAUACUAAGAAAUGAAAAUAAAAUAUAUUUAAAAUUUACAAAAAAAGGAAAUAAUGGUGUGGACAUCAAGAUUACAUCAAUACUUGACAAACGCGAAUCGGGUGGAAAUCGAGUUCUACCUAGUGAUUCUUACGUAAGUGAUUAUAGACAAUUUAACUGAUCAAAUUAUGAUUUGUAAAAGUCAGAAGAAUCAUAAUUGAAUGAAGUGUAGCUUGGUAAAUUUAAAUCACAUAAAUUAUCACUAAAUGAAGUGUAAAUUAAGCUGAAAGUAGGAAAAUAGAGUUCCAACAUUGCAGCGGCGAUGCAUCGACGACGCAUCAGAAUCUUAAGCAUUCAUAAGGAUCAUCGUGUAGUGUCCACGGCCUCAAAGACUCUCCUUAGACAAGGAUGACGUGGGCAAUAUCUAGAUCUUCUUGUGAAGUCUAGAGAUCAGUGAAAUGGGUCGUCGAACAUUUCCAGUGACUAUCCCCUGAUGGAGUGGAAAAAUGGCAACUUUGCGGCUCUCUGAUGGUUGUCACCUAACGGAGAGAAGCUGGAUGGAGGUGGGGCGCGUGUCAGGGAGCUUCAUCCUCAAGUUCAGCCAGCAAGAGGAGGCUCUUCAUCACAUCCAAUAUGCUCUCAAGAGGUGGCGACUCAUCUCUUGGUGGAUCGUCAUCUUCUCAAUGAUGGGUUGUUUGUAAAUCAAUUAGAGAUGAUUUACUCAAUGGAUUCGCGAUCCUUUUAUCACGAAUUGUUCAAUAAUUUUAGUAACAAUACUCCACGAAUCGCGUUGACGAGAUUUUCACCGAUGAUCUAACAAUUCUAGCAGCUUAAUCCUUCACUGAUGAUUUACAAGAAAGUCAUGAUAAUUAGAUAAAAAGACGAGUUUUGAUUCUAAGAAGAUUCAAACUAGUGCCGAUUGCCCCCAUUUGAAGCCUUCUAGGGGAAGGUGUGACACGGAUUUAGUCCCACAUUACUUGUGCACCAAAGUUGUGGGCGAAUAAAUACUAAUAUUACAUUUAUAAGCAAUGAGUCUCUUUCUCCCACAUAUAUGUCACUCUUUUCCCCAUAGCCAACUUGCCACCGAUGACGUAGAAGGGGAGUGGCACCUACAUGCCCUCAUUGGUCCUAGCCGCAUGAGCCCUUACUCGCAGGUCCCCUUGACUACGCUCCUGAUCCACUUUCAGGUCCAGUUGGCAAGCGAGUUCCCCCUUUUUUGCUAUAUUUUUCUUUUAAUUUAUGUUUCUUUAUUUAUCUAAAAAAUAAGACUAUAAAUAUCAUAUAAAUUUACAAAAAAUCACAUAAUUAGCUAAAAACUCACAUUAAUCAAUUGAAGACUACUUUUUAUAAUUUUUAACACAAAUAUAAGUCUAUUUAUCAUGAGAUAAGACUAAAACUAUAUUAUUUACUAAUUAUUAACUCAUGAUAAUAAAGACUUAUCAACCAUUCAUCAGUGUAACCCUGUGAGGGUAUUCCAUCAUCAUAAGUGGGGUGUAGUUCACCUCUCUGUGUUUGCGACUAUAGGAGUGGGCUGUUCUCCUACGAGUUGUUGGGCCCAAGACUUGGCUUGGGCCUAGGUAGGCUGGGCCAACUUAGCUUGAGCCUAAGUAGCUUGAGUGUGAGUGGUUUGGACUGAUGGGUCUAGGGCCUAGGAGGGCUGUGCUUGGGUGUGCUAGGCCAACUUGAUCUAGGCUUGAGUGGCCUAGGCCAGUGGGUCCUAGGUCAGUGGGGCCUAGGCUGGUGAGGCCUAGGUUAGUGUGGUCUGGGCUGGUUUAGUCUAGGCUGGUGCAUUCUAGACUAGUGCAGCCUUAGUUAGGGCAGCUUGGGCCUGCUUGGUCUGGGUCAGUGUGGCCUUGGCUUGGGCUGGUACUGCUUGGGCGUGCCCUGCCCUGGUUGUCACAAUUUGGGCUUGUGCCUAGGUCCUUGUAGCCUUGGCCUUCGCAUCCUUGGGUUGUGCAGCCUUGGCCAACACAGCCGUGGUCUGCACAACCUCGGCCAGCUGGGCUUGAGACAAAGCCGCCAUGGCCAGGGUUGCAUUAGUGUGACCUGCUCCGAUUCAGCCUUAGUUUCCGCAACCUAGGGCAGCAUGCUGUGAGCUGGCACAGUCUAGCCUCUAGUUGGCUGGGCUGCUAUGACCACACCUUCUAAUGUUGAUGAUGUCAUUCACAUUGCAGACGAGGAAACAGCACCCACAAAAAGUUGUGGCACCAAAUCCAUGUUGUUGAUUUCAAUUUCAACAAAUAGAUUUAACCCUCAUUGGCGCCCUACGUGUCAACACUCACUAAUGUAAGCACAAACACUAUAAUUGAGGAAAUAGCAUCAGUCGCUUGUGAUGUUGACAUGACUCAAUCAUUGUAUAGUAAAUCACGUAAAUUUAAAAUUUAUAAAACUAAAAAAUACAAAUUUUUGAAUAUUUAUAAGUAUUUUUAAACAAAUAUAUCAAUUAUAAUUUAAUAAAACUUUCAAAAAUAGUGAUAAUUUUCCAAGUCAAUCAUAGGAAUGUAAUAUAAUAUCUAGUAAUUAUUCAGAAUUUGCCUCAAAGAAUACUAUUUUCUAUAAAUUUAAUACUAGGAAAUAAAAAUAAAAUAUAUUUAAAAUUCACAAAAAAGGAAAUAAGGGUACAGAUGUUAGGAUGACAUCAGCACCCGGCGAACACGAACCAAGUAGAAAGAGAGUUCUAUGCGGCGAUUCUUACGUAAUCAAUUACAGAUGAUUUAAUUGAUCAAAUUAAGAUCUAUAAAAGUUGGAUGAAUCAUAAUGAAAUGAAGUAUAUCUUGGUAAAUUUAAAAUCAAAAAAUUAUCACUAAAUGAAAUGAAAAUUAAGUUGAAAGCAAGAAAAUAGAGUUCUGGCAUCGCGGCGGUGAUGCGUUGGUGAUGCACUAGAAUCCUGAGCAUUCAAGAGGAUAGUCAUGUAGUAUCCAUGGCCUCGAAUGCUCUCGUUGGACAAGGACAAUGUGGACAAUAUCUAGAUCUCCUUGUGAAGUCUAGAGAUCAAUGAAAUGGGUCGUCGAAUCAUCUCCGGUGGCUAUCACUAGGCGGAGCAGAAAAAUGGCGACUUUGUGGCUCUCCAACGGCUAUCACUCAAUGGAGAAGAGUUGGAUGGAGGUGGAGCGCAUGUUAGGGAGCUUCAUCCUCAGAUCCACAUAGCAAGAAGAGGCUCUUCAUUGCAUCUGGUACGCCCUCAAGAGGUGACGACUCAUCUCCUAGCAGAUUGUCCUCUUCCCAACGAUGCCUUAUUCGUCAAUCAAUCAGAGAUGUCUUACUCGAUAGAUUUGCAAUCCUUUUAUCGUGAAUCAUUCAGUAAUUUUAGUAACAAUGCUCCGCAAAUUACAUUGACGAGAUUUUCGUCGAUGAUCUAGUGAUUUUGGUUGCUUAAUCCUUCACCGGCAAUCUACAAGAAAGUCACAAUAAUCAGAUAAAAAAUAAUGAGUUUUGGCUCUGGGAGGAUUCGAACUAGUGUCGGUCGCCUGCCCUUUCUAGGGAAGGUGAUGUGGGUAUAGUCCCACAUCACUUGUGCGCCAAAUUUUUGGGUGAAUAUAUAGUAAUAUUACAUUUCCAAUCAAGUCCCUUUCUCGCACGUAUAUGACCACUCCUUGUCCCACAGUCGGCUAGCCACCGGUGACAUGGAAGGGGAGUGGUGCACACGUGCCCCCAUCGGUCCAAGCCACUCAAGCCCCUACUCAUGGCUACUCCCGGAUUGCACUUCCAACCUGCUUGUGAGCCUGGCUGGCCGGUGGGUUCCCCCAUUUUGUAAUAUUUUUAUUUUUAUUUCUUUUUCUUCAUUUAUCACAAAAGUAAGAUUGUAAAAUCAUAUAAAUUCGUAUAAAAUCACAUAAUUAUUCAAAAAUUCACAUUAAUCGACUAAAAACCACUUUUCACACUUUAACACAAAUAUAAGUCUAUUUAUCAUGAGUUAAAGCGAAAACUAUAUUAUUUACUAAUUAUUAACUCAUGAUAAUGAAGACUUAUCAUAUGCCUUUUCCUCUAGUAAAUCUAGUCUGUUAAUCUAUAGAUCAAUAGUUUAAAUUUUGAGGGAGUCUGAGAUAGCACUGGCAUCGCCUCGAUCUCUAGGACCAAGAUAGCAGCACCGGUUGUCGGUUUCGAUUUUUUGACUGUUUCUUGGCCGAAAGCAUGCCUCUUCUAUUAGUUUCUCAUCAGCCGAACAUCAGUCCACCGAUGAAAAUGAUGAUUUACUCAUCAACAAAGCAUCAAAAUAAAAUGAUCAACAAGGGAAAGCUGUAAAUCAGGAAAAUAUGAUUCUACUGAUAUAAGGAUAUUAUAUUUCAGCCAAGUAAAUUAGUAGAUAUUACCCCAAGAAUACAACAUUCUGAAAAAUACCUCUCGAGGGAGAAAUUACGAAACCAAGAGCAUCAAUCAACCAUUUUCCACUUUUGGUGGCUCGAUGCUGAUGGUUUCUGACCUUAAAAAUUGAAUGAAAUAGGUUUCAGCAAAAUCCUAGGUCACACGAGAGAGAUCUCACUAUUUGAAUGCGAUGUUGAUGAGAGAGAAGCUCCUAUGAGGAGAGAGAAAAAAGUUGAGUAA